AUGGCUCCCUCCGUUGCCGAACUCAACCCAGACCAAGCUAAACCGAAUGGCAAAGAAGUCACCAAGCUCGCUCUGAAGGGCAGCUCCGCAACGCCUACCUACAUCUCGUCUCUUCCUUAUCCCGAGUAUUAUCUUCCUCACGAGCAACCUUUUGGGAAAGAGCCUCCCCUUACGCCCUUCGGUAUUUCUCCACGAUUUUCUGGCGUCUCAUCGUCGAUUUCUCAUGGUGUCAAUAUAGAACACGACGACCCAGGUCACCGCGCCGACCCUGCGAAGCCCAACCUCUUGAACCCCGAUGCUAAACUGCGUCACCUAAACCCCUAUCUUGGCACCGAAGUCCGUGGUGUUCAACUGUCUCAACUUUCGAACGAGGGUUUGGAUGAGCUGGCGCUGUUCGUGGCAGAGCGGAAGGUCGUUGUGUUCAGGGAACAGGAUCUGAAGGAUCAGCCCCCUGAAAAGCAGCUGAAGUUCUCGAGCUAUUUUGGUCGUUCGCAUGUCCAUCCGUUAUCGGUUAACGUGAAGGAUUACCCUGAGCUUGCGGUCAUCUACCGCGAUCCUGAGAACCCUGGCUUCUUGGACGAGCUGGUGAAACCUCGUAUCAACCAUACGAAUUGGCACUCGGACGUGUCGUAUGAGAAGCAACCUCCCGGUACAACCGCCUUUUACAUUCUCGACGGUCCCGACGUGGGAGGAGAUACCCUGUUCCUGUCUCAAGUCGAAGCAUAUAACCGACUUUCUCCAGCUUUCCGCGAGCGUCUAAUCGGUCUCAAGGCGGUGCACACCGGCAUUCCUCAAGCUGAAGGAGCGAAGAAGAGAGGUGUUCAUGUCAGAAGAGAGCCGGUCGAAUCUGAGCACCCUGUCGUUCGUGUGCAUCCAGUGACCAAAGAGAAAGCACUCUAUGUCAAUCCAGGGUUCACGACUAGGAUCGUGGGGUUCAAGAAAGAGGAGAGCGAUGCACUACUUGGCUUUUUGUUCGAUCAUAUCACCAAAGGUGCAGACUUCCACGUUCGAGCAAGUUAUGAACCAGGAACGGUUGUAAUCUGGGACAAUCGAGUCACGGUUCACUCUGCGAUUCCAGAUUUUGACCGCUCCCUUCGAAGACACCACAUUCGAUUGACACCUCAAGCUGAGGUUCCUAUCGCUGCCACGGAGCCUUGA